AUGGUGAAAACAAAGCUCGUUUUCCUUCAAUGCUUAUCUCAUGUAACGUUUUCCAAUCUCCAGGGUUUUAUUUUUAUGAUUCAUGAGUUAAUUUUAACUUAUGCUGUUAUUAUAAGUCAUGAUAAGUAUCGUCAAAUCCUUGAUGCGAGCUCCCAAUUAGAAAACUGUCAGAUUAAUGCAGAUGAAAAUUAUGAAAUGAAUGAAUAUGACAGAGUGCGAGAGAUCUAA